UCAUUCUAUAUGCUCCAUUUCUUUGGACUACAUCACAGGUUCACUGACCGCAUACGCACAUUUGCCGUCUUCUGGUUCCUAAGCCGUGUCAUCAUUCAUUUCCCAGCGCCCGGUAUUCUAUCCAUCGUCUCUCUAGCAACAGCUUCCUUUAUUGCCAUGAGCAGUCCAGGCAUGUGUGCUCCUCACGAGCCAAUCUGGCCCAUCGAAGUAUUCAAGUGACGGAUCAUCAAGAAGAACGGCGUCUUUCCGAUUCCACCUCGCUCUCAAUCUGCCAAACCGAUAAUUCAGCCUCUCAAUGCACCAUCUGUGAAGCAUAGAACUCCGGAUACUGAUUCUGAAUCAUCGUCGUAAUCCGCUCCACCUCCUCCGCCUGCCCUCUUAGAUUCCCAUCCCACGUCCGCAUCUCCCUCCC